AUGUGGAGUCUUCCGGACCAGGGGUCGAACCUGUGUCCUCUGCAUUGGCAGGUGGAUUCUGCUCUAAAAAAUCUGAGUGUGGCUAUGUCUGUGUCAGUCGCUCAGUCGUGUCCGACUCUUUGCGGCCCCGUGGACUGUAGCCCGCCAGGCUCCUCUGUGCAUGGAAUUCUCCAGGCAAGAGCACUGCAGUGGGUUCCCAUCCCUUCUUCAGGGGAUCUUCCCGACCCAGGGAUCAACCCUGAGCCUCCUGCACCGCAGGCAGAUUCUCUACUGUCUGAGCCACAGGGGGGCCCAUUUAUUUUUAAUUGGAGGAUAAUGACGUCACAGCGUUGUGGUGGUUUCUGA